AUGUCGAUACCGGCGUCCUCCUCGUCGUCGUCGUCGCCGCAGUCAUCACACUCAUCGUCACACCCAUACGAUCCCGAUCCACGCCCCACGCUGCGCAUCUUUGCCACCGUCGGCACCACCCGCUUCGACGGCCUCAUCACCCAACUCGUCUCGGCCCACUUUCUAUCGCGCCUCGCACAGGUCUACCUGCCCUCGCAUCCGUCCAUAUCGCCCCACGUCCACCUCACAAUACAGUACGGCAAGUCAUCCAUAGCAGACAUACUCGCAGACUCGUCCCUCGCCUCCCCAGACGACGGCAGCCAGCUCAUCCCAGAACCCGGCCUCCGCGUCAUCCAGGGCAGAAGAGUCUACCAGAACAACCUCAAACACCUCCCCGCACUCGACCCGGGCCGCACUGGUACCCUCAACGGCCUCCGGAUACGACACACAAGAAAGGUACAAGACCAGGUGCGCGACAUGGUCCCCGGCGAGCUCGGCGUCGCAGAUGCCCUCCAACAAGCCCUAGACGCCGCCAAAACCGGCCCCACGUCGACCCAUCCGGGCACCACCGACUACCUCCUUGGCGGCGCCCUGGAAGCCACAACCGCCGAUAGCAUCGAGCUAGAGAUGCUUCAGUUUGCCCCCGAUCUGACCCAGUACAUCGCUGAAGCCGACGUCGUCGUUAGCCAUGCCGGGUCAGGCACCAUCAUCGAGACGCUACGGCGCCAGGGAAGACCGCCUGCCCUGAUCGUGGUGCCCAACACGUCGUUGAUGGACAAUCACCAGGCCGAGCUGGCAGAUGCGCUCGGUCGCGAGGGAUACUUGGUGGUUGCAGAGGAAGGGAGGCUGGCGGAGCAGAUCCAACAGGCGCUGCUGGACCGGCAACAAGGGCGGAUCCGGCCUUUUCCCGCCUUCCAGCCGGCCAGGUUCCAGCAGCUCGUCGAUGGCCUGAUGGGCUUCUGA